GUUUCAUCAGGACUGUUGCAGAGGCAGCGUGAUGAUACAACUGCAGGUAAAAGUGGCUUUGCGUCGCAUAAAGUCAUUAUAAACUGCAUAUCGAGCACCGCUGGUGUGCUGGAAGUUCCUACAUGGAUAUACAGCACGGUUAUAGUGAUGUUUAGUAACAGCCAUCCGUGCUGUAAGUCACGAAACAGCAGACCGGUGCGGAUGAGGGCUGCAGGAGGGGGACAGAGGUGCGUGGCUGCAACAUGCCUGCGCCUCUCCACCGCAACCCGAGCAGCCGUGCCAGCGCCCGUCUGCGCCAUAAGCAAACUUUUCUGUACAUUUUCACGUCACCUGGACGCGAAACAUAAAUUUGGCAUCCUAUGCAAAUAUAUGCUGACGUAAAAGAUCAUGUGGUUUUUGUCGUCGAUCCCCCCUAUGAGCAACGAGGAGGUUUUUUUUUUUUCUCCUCUCUACUGUUGUCUUUAGGUUAGCUAUGCUACAAUCUUUACUGUACCCAGCGCUAGCUAUAUGCGCCCCGCACCGCACCACUCUGGAUAUCUGGGAAUAAUCAACUUCCAGGCUGUCGCACCCUGCACCCAAAGACUCCACACAGAUUUCACAGAAGAUUACCCAGAGUGCCGCUGGCCUGAGGAUCAUCCAGAAGGGAGAGAGAGGAGAGGGAGAGAGAGAGAGAGCGAGGAGGACGUACCGUGAUUGGAAGAGGAGGUGGAGCCUCAGCAAGACCCCCCUCCCCCUCUAGUGAAGCCCCUCCCCUCCGAGGAAGUGCAGUCUUGAGUCGUGUUCGUUUGAUGGCCCUGCAGGAUAGCGGAGCUUGGGAUUUGUGGUGGGAGCAGGAGGAGGUGUGACUCCUGUGUUCCUCGAUGCAAGAAGUAAACAAGUAACUGGUCGCAAGACGUUGUUGAGCUGUUGCAGCUUGAGCACCGCUGCUGUCUGUGAUGCCCUCCCAUGACGCCCAGGUUGGUAGCUGACACUGCCAGUGAGCGGGAGACGCCACUGCACAACCGGUCCUGGGCCGGCGCCGUCAGCCGCUUCACGCCCUCCCUCUCGCACGCUGGAGACUCCACCUCCACCCACCUACCAGUAUCCACAACCAUCGGCUCCGACCCACCCCAGUAAGGUCCACGCAAAAACUGACACACUGACGUCCUCAGCCAGCACCAGCAGCAGCAGCCAAAAACCACAGUAUCUUAAACACAAUCAGCAACACCAGCACCACCAUUAUCACCACCACCAGCAGCAGCCAUCAUGUCCAGUCGUAGAAAGUCCUCCACCCCCUGCAUGGUCCGGGUCAUUAGCGACCUGCCUGAAGAGCAAGAUGACCCAGAGGAGGUAAUGGACAUGGGAAUAUUGACUGACAAUGAUGUGACAGAAAAAGAACAGUCAGAAUCUAAAUCUGCAGAAAAGAGUCAAGACCCCCAGCAGGAGAAUCCAGACCAGCAGACAUUUCCAAAACCAGUGGAAAACCAGAAUCCUGAGCCAUUAGAACAAGAGGAGCAGUUGGGUAAAAAAGACCAACCCCCUGUCAUUGAAGAUGUAGAAGCCAGAGAUGAGAAAGACAGGGGGGUUGAAUCUGACCCGGCAUCCCAGAAAAAGCAGCCCAGAGGCUACGAGUGCAAAUACUGCCCGUUUUCAACGCAGAACCUGAAUGACUUUAAAGAGCAUGUGGACUCCAGCCACCCUAAUGUCAUACUCAAUCCAUUGUACCUCUGUGCUGUAUGCAACUUCAAAACCAAGAAGUUUGACUCGCUCACAGGGCACAAUGAGAGCCAGCACCCAGGCGAGACAAAUUUCAAGUUCAAGAGGAUAAAAAUGAACAAUCAGACUAUCUUAGAGCAGACAAUCGAAGGCAAAGACAAUUCAGUUGAACGCGAAGUGACAAAUGAACAGGGUGAAAGCAACAGCAGUUCUAUGUUUCCACCUUGCAUAUCUACCACAGUGAAAACCCCGAACAAUAUCCAGUCGCUCUAUCGAGGGAGCGAACUGAAAAGCCAGCUGGACGGCCUGAUCCAGAAGGAUCAAAUCACAGCAGUGAACAUCAACGGAACAGUCAUCAUCCCUGAACCUACCAUCCUCCAAGGGCUCUCCCAUGUCACCCCUAUGCUCCAGCGCCCACCCAACUUUAACUCUGUACCAAAAAUAGCUGUUCCCUUGAACACCACCAAAUAUAACCCUUCUUUAGAUGACAACUUGACGUUGAUCACCUCCUUUAACAAGUUUCCUUACCCAACACAUGCUGAGCUGUCGUGGCUGACAGCUGCCUCCAAGCACCCGGAGGAACAGAUCAAAGUCUGGUUCACCACCCAGCGGCUGAAGCAAGGCAUCACCUGGUCCCCAGAGGAGGUGGAAGAAGCCAGGAAGAAGAUGUUCAAUGGCUCCAUCCCUCCUGCCCAUCACACGUUCACCGUCCUGCCUACAAGCCGCAUCUCUCAGCCAUCUGCCAAAUCCUCCCAGCAGCCCGUUGUCCACACUACAGUCGGGCAUCCAAGUCAUGUCCGGACAACUGUGUCCAAUGGGUUAAGUGUAGUCACCACCACACACACUCCUGCUGGAGUUGCCAUUGGCUCCAGCCUUAAACGAUGCCUGCCAACACACCUGACGACAGUGUUCGGCCCUGAGUCUAAGCGGCCCGUCAUGGCAGUCGCCCCCCAUUCUGGCGACCCUAAAGACAGGGGACUAAUGGCUCCUCCUCCACCCCCUCCUCCUCUGAAAGACCGCCUCCCAAUGGCUCCGCCUCCUGUUCCCAUGGAGAUGAAGAGACCUGUAGCAGUUCCUCUGGUCACUGCAGAGAUGAAGAGGACAUCCGCUACUGUGCCUUUAAUGCCACCACCAUCAUCGUCGUCAUCACCAUCUUUGUUGUCCAAAGGGAAGAUUCUCUCAACGUCAGGAAAUCCCAAAACAAAGCCAGUGGUGUCGCUGCCCUCCAUAGUCUUUCCAGAGUCUUUAACAAGGCCAAUGAUAGUUCCCCCGCCUAUUUUUGCCCCUUCAUUUAAAAAUCCGUUACUUUUUCCUCUUACUUCGCCAAUCACUUCCAAAGAAAAGCACCCGAAUACACACACUUUGUCAGCUGCUGAUUUGAAGCUGCAAAACUCCCCUCCACUUAUUACCCCACAGAUAAGGAGGCCAACCAUUAUCCAGUCCAUUCGUGCUCCUGCUAAAGCCUCGUCCCAGAUUCCUGGGUUCCCUUUGGAUAGCAAGAAACUAAAGGAGCAGCAAGGAGUGGAGCUGAAAGCCAGCUACCCCAGAGGAGACAAGGUACUCACUCCUCUGGCAGAGGCCAAUGGGACAUCUCACACAGACAGCAAAUGGCUCCACGAUCAAACCUCCCUUACUCAUAACAAUGGAGUCAUGCAUAUGGAUGGUGGUGAGCCGCCAGUAUCUCUGAAACCAGACUUUCAGCAAAAGUCCUCAGUGCUGACCCAAUUCCCCUUGCUGGAGAGAAUGAAAGGAAAGACGGCGGAACAGCUAAAGAUCUUGGAGGAGAACUUCUUGAGGAACAGCUUUCCCACACACAGCGAUGUGGACAAUCUGGCAGGCACCACCCACCUGUCUCACCAGGAAAUCGACAGCUGGUUUGUGGAGCGCCGUGCACUACGCGACAACCUGGAACAAGCCCUUCUCAACUCCAUGGGCACUAGGAAGAUUGGUGCCGGUGGCAUCGCUGCCAUCACCAAGAAACGACUACAUCAGCAGCAACAGCAACAGCAACACCAAACUCUGCAGCUGAAUGGGAUUCACAAGCCAAGCACCGGUGUGGGCCAUCUUAAAAGCCCUCUUCCACCCUCUUCCACCCUGCCUAUCAUUGCUCCCAGCACCACUUCUCCCUCCAUCCCAAACCCGAAUUCCUGUUCAGUGCCUCCCGACAGCCGAUCCCUGGCACUCCUCAAGGACGAUUUUGCUCAAACACGGUGGCCUUCCCCUGAGGAGUUCAGCCAAUUGGAGGGUCGGACAGGACUGGCUCGCACUGACCUCCCUCGCUGGUUCAAUGAUAGCCGGCUGCAGAGCGGCAGCAUGGAGCUGACAGAACUUUUUCACAAUAAUGGAGUGAAUGGAGGGCAGGGGACACCUGUGCGCUCUCCUGAAAACGCUCCCCCCAGCAUCAUCCAACGCUGUCAGGAAGGAGACCUAACAAACAACAACAGCAGUAAGGUGUUGGAGGUUGAGUUGGGCUGGCUAAUGGAACAGCGCGCUAACAGCCUCAGCAGUCAACAGCACGAUGAGUUCCAAGACAGGUUUGCUGGCAGACUGAGGCAGCAGAACACGGCGGAGUUAAAGAACGGGGGACAGAAUGGGGGAGUCAUGGGAGGAGCGCGGGAGGUGUUCGGGAGCUGGCUGCAGGACGGACACUCGAGGAGAGGACGGGAGCUGCUCCUGGACAGAGAGAGGAAGAUGGCGGAGGACAAGUCUGGCAGGCUGACUGGAUAAACGGAUUUAACGCCAUCGCCGCCGCUGCUGCUGGAAACAUACAGGAGGAAAGAAAACGAGGUGGACGGAGAAUGGAGCAACAAAAGAAGAGUUUUUAAAUUUCAGAUAUUGUUUUGUUGUUUUUACUUUUUUUUUUUUUUUUUUUUUUUACCGAUUUUUAUCUCUUGAUUGUCGCAUCCCAGAUCACGCACAACAUCCUCAUCCGUCAUGUCGGAGGUAAUCUCGUCAGUGUCUCGACCUGAAGUGACCCCUCCACAGAUGAGUUUAAAUAAGAUGGGGGCUCUGCGGUGGCAGAUUUUAUUUUGGCAAGACGUAAACAUGCUCCCAAAUUAAAAUCAGAAGAGUGCAAGGAGAAAUUCAGGGUCACGAUCUGUGAAGAUAAUUGAAAUUGCCCUCCCUUACAGUGAAUCUCAAAUUGCUGCUUUCUUUUCAUUUCUCACACUAAUAUGAGUUUUACAAUAGUAUUACAAUACGGCCCAGGAGCAAAUCUUCACCUAGUAUAUGCAGAGACAGCACACAAACACCAUCACACAUACAGCUUAUAGGUGAGGGGCUGGUUUCCAAAAUGCUGUAAACAGUCGUGGUUAGUGAUCAAACACACGACAGCGCUCUCAACAUGCUGGAGCUUCCUUUUGAGGUGAAAUUUGGUUUUUCUUCAGUACGACUCACUUCUUAAACUCCCAAACUUCCCUUUAAGAUUAGUUGUACCUAUACUAAUCAAUAGUACGAGCCCUGAACUUUCCCAUGAUGUCACAACUGAAAGAAUAAGCUGUACUGCCAGCCAAUCACAGUAGCAGUUUUUGAAUAAUGGGUUGGACAACCAUCACCUACGUGCUUCACAGACAUUAACCAUCCCUGUAAGUUUCAAUGGGAUUGGUUCCUGAUCAUUUCCUCUUGGUCCCCUGUGUCCCAGUUUCAUAUACAAUACUAGCUCACUGUGUACUAAUGUUGACACUGUUUGUGCAAGGAGUUAAAUGAGUCCUCCACUGAUUUAGCAUUGCACUCCUAUAAAUGGACGCGGGAAGUAAAACCAGGCAUUAUAAAAACCAUCAACUGAGAGAGAGCGCGAGAGUCUUUAUCCUCACUGCGCUGCAUUAUUACAAACUAUGAUGAAACUGGUCGUGGGUCACAUCUCUCGCCCGCUUCAUCUCCUUGCCGUUUUCGUGCAUUAGUUCCUGUUGUUGACUGUGUAGUUGCAGUGGCUGCUUUGACAUACAGUAUGUUGGCGUUCAACAUACUGUAUGUCUGCUGUCUGCUGUAGAACGUUCUCAAAUUGUUGUAAACUGCUGUUAAUAACUAUUAGAUAUAUCCUGGCCAUUCAAAUUAAUACAAAAAACACAAAUAUUGCGCACCAUUUAGUAUGAUGUCAUUAUAUAGACUGACCUUCUCUCAGCACCCCCAACAGACCUCUAGCGUGCCCGUUGUCAGAUGGACAGUUUAACAAAAAUCGAUGCAGCGGAACAAGAGAUAUCCCCUUUUUUUUAUUCCACACAUUCUUCUUCCUUGUCAAAACCUGGCGCCUACAUUACCCACAAUGCAACUCAACCGCCAACUGUUCAGUUGGAGAUUCAGGUGUGUCAUGCUAGUAGCGGCUAAUGUAGCCUGCAGCCUGUAGCCUGCAGCAGAGAUGAGCAGCUAGGGAAGCUCACUGCUUUCUAACUCAGCACCAACAGAUUGUUUUCAUCUUCAGACUUGUAGUCUUCAGGUCAAACCAACGCCGACUCAAGUGACAUCACUUGAGGACAUUUAUCAGACUUCACACAGCUCCCUCUGGAGAUACAAAAGGCUUUAUACAACUUUAUUCACAUAUGCAGUCGUACUCCCCAACACCUGGAAACAGACUGAUGUGGAAAAUCAGUGGAGUUCUCCUUUAAUAGACUAACAAGAAAUUAAACAUGGCCGUUUGAAAUUUAAGCAAUUUUUCAAAGUUCAAUCUUGACUUUGGAGAUAGUAGUUUGACAAAACAAUUCCAACACCCAACUUCUUUCUGGAGCUUUCAGCCCUAUCACACGGUCUUCAUCAGCAGAGUUAACUUUUAAAAGUGAAUUUCUGAUGAAAUCAGCUACUGAGCUCGCAUGUCAACAGAGCCAUCAAUGACAACUGAGCAAACUCAUUCCGCCGAUGAAGACCAUGUGAUACAGCUGAAAUCUCUUGAAAAAGCUAGUAAGUGGAGUAGCUGAUCUUUCUUUAUUUCAAUUUCAAAAGUUACUGAAGUUAUUUCUUGAUUCUCUGAGUUGAAGCUGGAGACUUUCUAUCACUCAUGACGGUUUUUAGAAGUUCCUCUAUUUCUGUUGCGUUUUGCAUUGUGGGAUCUACUGUGUCCUUGAACACCGGAGUCAAAACUGAGCAAUUUUGUAUGCUGGCAUUUUAAAUUAGUAUGUAAUAUGAAAUUGGGACACAGUGUUAGUUAGUAAUCAGUAGUAGGGCAGGCUUUAUGAAUGGUUAAUAUAAUUGGUCUCUCAAAUGUAACUUUCCUUUUUAAUAGGUGCUUUGUUCAGUUUGACUGGUUUCAACGUACGCUAAAACUUUCCCUUUAAGAUGAGACUUUGUUCAUGGAGAACAGGACUAGUUCAUUAACAUCCUCAAGCUGAAAUUUAGGUUUGACAAAUGUGAUUAGUUCCUAAACAUGUUGAACGACCAGAUGUGGUUAAUAAUUAAUUGGUUCCUUAAAGACACACUCCCUGAUUUAGUUGAAGGGUUGAGAUUCAAAGCAUCAAGAGUGAGAAGGGAGGACAUUUGCAUAUUUUGAUGCAGAGUAUCUUUAAUUUCUUCAACCUUCCCUUUAAAGUGUUGGCCCAAAUAAUGAGCGUAUUGGGGAAUCCUAUUGGUUGAGUGUCGCUGUUGGGUGUGGUUACAGGUGCAACCGAGCUCAUUUCAUCAGUGAUGCUGCUGGUCAGAAGUCAAACAGGAGUGAAACUUUCAACCACACAGGACAGUGAAACACUGCUUUUAAGCCCGGUGCCAAGUUACACUUUGAAAUAUUGAACCUUCUCUUUAAUAAAAAAAGGGCUUUGUUAAAUGUUGACACCUUCCCUUUAAGAGGAGGCAUGAUUAUUAUUUUAAAGUGUGUUUCCAUCCAAAUGCUGUUAUCCACAUUUUCAGUUUCAGUAAAAAUGGUAUAUCGAUAAAAUAAAAUGCAAAAAAAGUGCAAAUGGAAACAGACUUAGUGAAUAAAUGAUGACGUACAUGAAGCAUGUGAUGAUGGUUUAAUGGCACCUGACGCUAAAUUUGGAUUGAAACUUGACUUUAUAGUCCUGAGCUUCCCUUUAAAGAAGAGGUUUGAUUUGUAUGUUGAAGUCUAGAUAACUUCCCUUAAAGAGGAGGACUUGUUAUUGACAAAGAGGAGUGGCUGCUUAUCAUCAUAAGCCUUCCCUUUAAAAGAGCCAACAUUUCCCUUUCAGUGGGAGUUUGAUGAUCAAAAAGAUUUUUACUCUUGUAAAUUUUCGCCUCUUUCGGAAGCUUGGUUUGGUUUUGUUAACAUCCUGAACCUUAAAGAGCUGUGUUUCGAACCAUUCUGAACUUUCCCGGUUUCAUAAUCAGCUAUUUACUGUAAAUUCCUAAAACCCCUGAACUUUUCCUUUAAGUCACUCUGAAGGAAGCGGCAUCCGUCUCGUGAGAGGGGGAUUAGCAGGUUGUGAACGGACGGAUGUUUGUGGCUGAGGUGAUGUUGUGCGUGACCUGUGUUGCCAUGGAGACGGGAGGAGGAGGAGGAGGAGGGUGAACCGGAGCACUGAAUGUGUGCCUGCAGCAGCAGUCUGACUGUACACAGCGGCCGAUCGACCGACAGACAGGGUGGAUUUAAAACAAACAAACAAACAAGAAAAAAAAAACAACAAACAAAAACGCCGAGUGCCAAAGCUGGGAUCUGCUGCAUUCUCACUACACUUUAAAAAAAAAAAAAGGGUUCUUCUUCUUCUUGUUGUAAAUAGGAUAUAUAUGUUUGUUUGUUUGUUUUGUUUUUUCCUGCAUUGCUACAGAUUUGUAAAAUUUUGCGGAAAAAAAAAUUUGUUACAUUUUGUAAAAUGGGAGCAAUUCGUCCCCCCAAAACCCUCCUUGUUUUUAGUUGUUUUUUUAAAACCCCUCUCUCUCUCUCGGUUUAUCUCGGCUCUUUUACUUCUUUUUCUUUUCUUUUUGUUUGUUGCUGGACUUUUUAAAAAACGGUGCCAGCAGUGGUAUGCGUGUGCAACAUUUUUUUUUUUCUCUCUUUCUCCAUCUCUCUGUUUUUGUACUGAACCAGAGUGGAACCACUACAAAAAAAAAAAAAAAGACGGACCAGUUGGCAAUACUUCAGUCACUUCUUCUUCAUCUCACCGGCACUGGACUUCCGCCCGCCACUUCCCCGCUGAGAGGAGAGGUGGGAGGCGAAGGAGGGAGGAAGAGGGGGGACUUCGCUUCACAUCAAAUCAGAUUUAAAAAACAAAACACAAAAAAGCACCGUUGGACCUUUUUUCUUUUUUUACUGUGCUGAAGUGAAGUCAAGUGCUAUUAUUAUAUUAUUAUUAUUAUUAUUAUUAUUGUAGCCACUCUGUCUGGAACCCUUUUUUGAAGAAAAGCUAAGGAAAAAAACACACACACAAAAAAAAAAGAAACUUAAGCCAAUCUGCACUUCUUGUUCCGACGAACAUGCUUGUAUGACCAAGUGACUGUCGUGGAUCUUUGUUUAAAACCGAUAACGAACAAACAAACAACAUCAAAAAAACAACAACAACAAAAAAGGCAGUUAAGAAACUGUCAAAAUGGUGGCAAAGCGCAGAAGGAUACAACGGUAACGAUCACACAACACACACUCUUGACAGUCAAAACCCGCAAUCCAGAAUCAUGCUGCCUGAAUCAUACUUUAAUAUCUCUCUCUCUCUUUUUCUCUCUCUGUUUCUCUUCCUCGCUCUAUCACUCUGUCCCUUCUCUUACUUUUCAUCCUUUCUUUGUCUUUCUCUCUUCGUCUUUCUUCCCUUUCUUCUGUUUCCCUUCUUCGUUGAUUGAUUUUUUUCUCCCUCUGUCUUUGUCGUCCUGCACACCAUCAUACACAACUGUAAUAAACAAAAACAAACAAAAAAAAUAUAAAUAGCCUUUUAUUCAGUACAUAACUACAUGUUGGCUUGGUAGGCUUAGUUGAAACUAGUUCCAUUCCGACAAAAAAGAAUAAUAGUAAAAACAAAAUAUGAGCUUCUUUAUGUAUUGCUUCUGCCGCUGUAGUGUCCUGGUCAGAUUUAAAGAUGAUAAGACUACAUAUAUCUGAAAUACUGUAUUUACAAAUGCAUACCAGGGCUGGUCUCAACAAACAAACAAACAGGGGGAGGGUUUUCAACUCCGUCCACUGGGUGACUGAUCAAAAGCAGUCAGAGUUUUUUUGUACGAAGCUCUGGCUGCUGGUUUGAGUCGUUCGAAAUGCUUGUUUCUUCGCUUAAAGUCUUCAUAGUUUUUUAAACUCGUAGCGUUCAGCAUCACUAAAGCUCUCGGUCGCGCUGCUGCACGUCCUUCUGCAAACUCCUAAAAAGAAAGCAGCGCUGUAAAGAGAGGCUCCUGGUGGACGCACAGCCUUAGAAAGCUUCCAAGAGACUUUUAUUUUUGCAAGUGUAUAGUUUUAAUUGAAUAUUUUUCUGAUGAAUGAUUGAAUGUAUUUGCUUUGAGGAGUUACGUAAAUGUUGUGGGUUUAAUGUCUGAAUGUUUGAAGAGGAAAGAGUCGAGCACAGUAGUACCAGAGUGCGAAACUGUGAGAACUCAACAGCCAACAAUUUUUUAAAAACCAUCUGUCAGAGGUGUUAAUAUUCUGUAGAACUUUGUCAGUAGUGAAUGGCAAAAAGUGGCCAUUGAAUUUUGAAACAGCAGCUUUUGGCCGCAGAGAAAAAAAGCUAAGUUUCCGUUUUCCUGGAAGGGACUUAUUUGAGAAGAAAAUCUGUCUGAAUAAUUAGCGAAGUUGCUAGACGGCAGAAGACAAGAGGUUAGAUCUCAAACAUCCAAAAACUGCAACACAGGAUCUGACAAAAUGGCCGCUGGCAUCAAAGUAGAGUUUAGUUUUUAAAUAUUACACAUGUUUUUCGCUGUCUUGAGCCCUUUACUUCGAAACCAGUAACAUUUUAGAAGAUGGAUCAUCUUUGUUUUUUAAAGGCCCGGUCACACCAGCAUCUAAAACAGCAAAAUGUUGCGGCAAAAUCUAUUUAUUUCCAUGGUAUCGCCACGAUCAGUGGAUUUUUUUCGUAGCAGCGAAGAAAAUCUGCACGAGUUUUGUGUGUCAAGUUCAACUUUGGUGAAUCUGACACGUGAAUUUACACUGUUGACCAACAGCAAACUGUUUUGGUCUUUCUGGCUCUCCUUUCCCUCAAAGGUUAGCAUGGUCAAGACAGAGGAAGAGCUAUCAUAGCUUAUUAGCUGUGUUGCAUCAGUCACUUUGUAAACUACUCCACAAAGAGGAAUGGUUUGUUGACAGUUAUGAGACAGGAGUCAAAAUAUUUCUCUUGAAUUAAAUGUGUGAACUUACUGUCCUGUUAGCGACCAAGCUAACUAGCUUGAGAACUGACAGUUAGCAAGCAAGCGAGUUCAGGGACCUAUUGUGACUGAAUAGCGCCAGCAUUGUUCCGGUUAGCUAGCUUGUUAGCGGUUAGCUCAACAGCUACAGUAGUUCACCAGUUGGUCCUGUGAGUAGUCACUACGUCACCAAGCUUCUAGCAACACGUGUUUUGUGAGGACGAGCAGAUGAACUUCGUCGUGACACUUUCUGAUGUGGCCGAGGGCUCGAAGCAGUGAAUGUCUUGUCACAGUUUUUGGAUGAACUUGUAGCAUUUUUGGAAACAAACCUUCCAGAUUAAUUUACACUACAACAAAACUCUUUGGCUCACCUCUGCUGGUUCAGUUUUUGUUGCCACAGGCUCCAUUUUGGAGGAAUAUACAGUACAACUAGUGUGCAUGAGUCUUUCCUUUGUUUCAUGUAAAGUUGCUCUGUUUGCUCACUUUGAAAUGUAUCUGUUGUGUGCGCCUGCCUUCCCCAAAAACAUUUACAGUGAUCACCUGACAGGAUCAACUUUCACGACUGGAUGACGGCAUUGAGGCUGAACUGUUUUUCCUUUACUCUGAUUGGACAGGUGGUCAGAACUUAGGUGGUCGACCAUUUCCAACUCCAAGAUUGGCUUACUUUAAAAAAUACAUCUUGAGAAAGUGAGAACAUGAAAUGCAUCUUUCAGUUAAGUUUGACAUCUUACCACCAAUUAACCCUCUGAAAUGAUUGAUUUAAUGUAGAUUUCAACCUUUAUUUACAACCUAAAAACUUCCUUUUCUGUCCAAACAACUCCAUUUUUGAUUAGUCUAUAGACUUUCCUGCUAAAAGUUUGGAGUCUGCCCUGUCAACUCUUUUUAUUGUGUCUCUUUUUAGCUCAAACAGUGUUACAUCUAUAGCUACAAAUAUAAAUGGAAGCGAGGUUUUAUGGGGAACGCUGACUCCCCAGGAUUUGUACUUAUUGUACUACAUACUUGACUUAAUCCCAACUGUAACUACAUAGGGCCAUUUGUGCCACAAACUGCAGCGCUAUUGUUGUUGUGCUCUUGUUUGAUCCAUCCGCAGUUGUCAAGUAAACUUCAGGGGUCUUUAUCCGUCCUCUGUCUUCAGUUUUUAAAUUGCACUUUGGCUCUUAGAUUUCAUCAUGUGUCACAUGAUUUUGUCACAUUGAUUUUAACACUUUAUAAGCUUGAGGGCUCGAGUCAAUCAAAACAUGACUUAUACAAAAGUGUUUCGUCAUCAGAAAAGAGUUCCAUAUAUUUAGAUCACUCUGUGAAAGGUUGAUUCAACCGAUAAGUGCUCGGGCUGUCAUGCUGGAUUCAAACACAAACUUUCUGCAAUGCAAAUCCACAUGCUGUAGGUACUGACAGGGUUCAUGCAAGCUGAGCACAAGCUGCAUUUUCAAAUCAAUGUGGAUAACUGAUGGACAAUCUAUUGCAAAAUUACAAUCAUGGACCAACAUCCCAAACAAAAAAGAACCACAAAAUCUUUUAGUAUCUUAGUUCUUGUGGUUUGAUCAUACAGCUCAACCUCUUCAAAAGGCUCACCAUCAACGACAGGAUAAAAACAACCAGUCAGGAGGCCUGGAUUUGGCCAUAUUUUAAUUAAAAGAUACUGUGGUUUUCAGAGCUCUCUGAAGUCAGACAUGUUUCCCUUUAGAUUGGAUUGUAGAUUAAAACGCUGACUGAUAAAGACACAACCAGCAGACUUUUCUACACGCCGACAACUGCUCAUGAGGAGAGAAUUUCACCGAGAUAUUCGAGUUAACUGUCCGCCGUGGCUGUACGAGCAGAGAAGCGUCUCUUCUGCUGCGGUUUUACCUCAAACAGCAGAAAUAAGAAUCACAUUUGAGCCGCAAAGAGUUAACAGAUCGUUUAUGAUUUCUUUUUGAGAAAACCAGGUGCACUAAAUGUCUUUUUUAAGGGGAGUUGAGGCCAGCCCUGCUUCAUAACUGAGGUUCUGCUUCUUCUACUACUGCUACUAUCAAACAACCAGCCCUGGGCACAAAAACAGGCCUGAACACUGUUUCAAAUCCUCCCUCCAGUACUUGAGGUGCGUUUGAUUUUUAAAUUCAUAUACCAGCAUUUUUGAAAGUCAAAGUCAGAAUCCAAAGUGGAGCACCGGCUUGUUUUCAUUUAGUUCCCGACGUGACAAAGACACUUCUGUUUAUCAGCUUGUGGCCCAAAAUGAGGCUGCGUUUCCUCAGUUUGGGCACCAAGUUGAAAGUGUCAAUAGUUUUUUGACUUCUAAUGACAAAAAUAGCCAUCGAUAUUUGUUUUUAUGUUGAUAUGAAAAGUAUUCAAGCUUUGUUUCUGUUGCCCAGGUCAGCAAAACAACCUGUUGAUGUCUGCUGUAUUUCAAUAAAACACAGCCUUUUUCAAAGGGUACACCUCUUCA